AUGAAAUUUAAUAUUAUUUUAUUAUUAGUAACAAUUAUAUUUUUUAUUUUAAAUGUAAAUUUAAUUUUUGGAGAUCCAUUAAUUUUAACAAGAAAUGGUGGAAUUUCAAAUGAAUUUAGAAGUUUGGAAAUUGAUACAUUGACUGGAUUCUAUUUUAAUCAAGCAAACCAUAAGGGAAAAAUUUCAAAUGAAGAGUUGAAAAUUAUUCAAAAUAUCCUUGAUAAUGAUGCUUUCAAACAAUUAAAACCAAAAUAUUUAAACCCUUUGGAUGUUACUUCUUAUAGAUAUACUAUAUCUUUGCCAUCAAAAAAGUCUGGUUCUUCUGUUGAUGUUACUGCUGAUUAUCCUAAGUUUUUAGAUUCAAUAUUUUCAAUUUUUGAAUUUUAUUCAUCAUAA